GGCAAGAAUCAAAAGCAAGGUAGGCAUUGACUUUCUCCUUCCUCACAUAUCAAUCCAUCGACCUUGCUGCUGCAAGCAAGAUCGAUUUCAUAGCUCGUAAACAAGGACUUGCGGAGGAUUGCUUUGGCAAAACAUCGACCAAUUGCCGUAGCCAAGAUGCAACUUGUGGACUUAAUUGGAGGAAUCGGUAUCAAAUAAUCAGAGGAUUGUCUGAGGGUUUAGUUCUUCUCCGUGAGAAGGGAAUUCUUCACUUGGACCUGAAGCCAGCUAAUAUACUGUUAGAUGGUCACCUGUUACCCAAAAUUGCUGAUUUUGGUCUAUCAAGAUGCCUCACUCAAACGCAGACCUAUGUUAUUACUAAAAACAUAGCUGGAACAAUGGGAUAUAUGGAUCCAGAGUACCUCAGAUCAGGCCAAAUUGGAUUCUCAUCAGACGUGUAUAGCCUUGGCGUUAUAAUCAUGGAGAUACUGACAGGAGUGAGGCAAUAUCACAAAGAUGAGCAUGCAGUUGAAAGAUGGAUGAGUCGAUUGGGAGUAUCAGAGGGGGACAUGCAAUUAGAACAAGUGAGAGUAUGCAGUGAGAUAGCUAUAGAGUGCAUGGACUUGGUCCCAGAGAAGAGACCAGAUGCAUGCUAUAUAAUUGAUAGGCUUGAUCAAAUUGAGGGUGCUGACAAAUCGCAUGAAACUGGCAUCAACAAUUCAUUGAUUGAGCUGCAGGUAAGUUCACCAAGGGAACAAUCAGGAGAAAGAGUUGGAAAGCUUGCAGGCGAGAGCCACCAAAACGCAGAUAUGAAGGAACAGUUGGAGAUACUGCAAGAUGUUGCAUCAAAUCUUGGAAGGCUUCAUUUCCAGGAAGGCCAACAGGGUGAGCAAGAUACAAUACAACAUGUCAACCGCCAUGGCGCAAGUAAUUCUAGCUCUAUCUCUACUGGGUUGAACGAGUUGAACAUUUUGGACAUCUACAUCAGAACAGCCCACAAGAUUUUUGAUAGGAACAACAGGCGUUCAUUGGAACAGACACAUUUUAUAAAUAUCUUCAGCAUGCAGAAGCUCAGGCCAAUAAUAAGGAAUGAGAAUCUCAUCAGAGAAGGUUUCUUCACUAAAGUUUACAAAGGCGUUGUUGAUAAUGUACUGGUUGCAGUGGAGCAAACGUUUGAUGUUGAUAACAAGGACUUAGGAGAUGAAGUCAUCAUCCAGUCUCAAAUCAGCCACAAGAACAUUGCUUGGUUCAUAGGUUGUUGCCUGGACAUUGAUAACCCCAUUCUAGUUUAUGAGUUCCCCCCCAGAGGAAACCUUCAUGACAUUCUUCACAGCAACAGUAAGAUCCCCCUCAACUUGGAUGUGCGUCUAAAUAUUGCUGCAGAAUCAGCACAAGGUCUAGCUUAUCUGCAUUCACAAGCUCGUAUCAGAAUCCUGCAUGGUGAUGUCCAACCGGAAAAUAUACUCUUGGAUGAGAACUUUAUGCCAAAGAUCGCAGGCUUUGGCCUAUCAAAAUUGAUUAUGGGAGAUAAGGAGCACACCGGUGACACGAGUUAUAUGGAUCCAGUGUACCUGCAAACAGGUCGGCUGACCUCGAAAAGUGAUGUGUACAGUUUUGGAAUUGUGAUCUUGGAGGUCAUUAGCAGGAAGAAGGCCACUCAUUCUGAUAAUAACAGCCUAUUGAGGAGUUUCCUUCAAGUUCACAAAGAAGGGAAGAAAGCAACCGAGUUGUUUGACAAGGAAAUUGCGCUAACAGAAGAAGAUUUGGAGCUCCUUGACUAUCUUGCAGAGAUUGCUGUGGAAUGUCUUAACAUGAACGUGGAUCAUAGACCCACGAUGACAGAAGUUGCAGAACGCCUUCUCAUACUAAAUCGUUCUGGUAGGUUACAUGCACGACAUACAAGUGCUGACUACUCAGAGGAAACUGACAUUAGCGGUUUAUUUGUUGAGCAACAGAAAGUAGGUCAUUUACCACGGGCAGUGCAAGAUACUGGCCGUCAUGACGGAGGAAAUUCUAGUGGGUUCUUCAAUUUGAACAAUUUGGGCAUUUUCAAUUGGAAAGGACGCAGAAAUAUCAAUAGGAACAACAUUCAUGCAUUAGAAAUGUCACAUUUUAUAAAGCUCUUCAGAAAGGAGGAGCUCAAGCCAAUAAUAAAGAAGAUCAAUUUGAUUGGAAAAGGUGCCUUCGGUGAAGUUUACAAGGGUGCUGUUGGUAACACACUGGUUGUGGUAAAGAAACCGAUUGGUUCUUGUGCGCUAGAGAAUGCACAAUAUCAAAAUCAGGUCAUCAACAUGUCUCAAGUCAGCCACAGGAAUAUCGUUAGGCUCAUAGGUUGUUGCCUAGAUGUAGAUAUCCCCAUUCUAGUGUACGAGUUCCUUUCCAAUGGAGACCUUGAUGAAAUUCUUCACUGUGGCAGCAGGGUGCCUCUCAAUUUGGAUCUCCGUCUAUCUAUUAUUGCAGAAUCAGCACAGGCCCUAGCUUAUCUGCAUUCACAAGCUCGUAUCAGAAUCCUGCAUGGUGAUGUCAAACCGCGAAAUAUACUCUUGGACGAUAACUUUAUACCAAAGAUCACAGACUUUGGUAUAUCGAGGUUGAUUGCGCGAGAUAAGGAUCACACUGAUUGCGUCAUCGGUGAAAGAAAUUAUAUGGAUCCAGUUUACAUGCAAACAGGCAGGCUGACCUUGAAAAGUGAUGUCUACAGUUUUGGAGUUGUGAUCCUGGAGGUCAUUAGCAGGAAGAAGGCCACUCAUUAUGAUAACAACAGCCUAGUGUGGAGUUUCCUUGAAGUUCACAAAGAAGGGAAGAAAGCAACUGAGCUGUUUGACAAGGAGAUUGCAGUAACAACAAAGGAUUUGGAGCUCCUUGACUGUCUUGCAGAGAUCGCCGUGGAAUGUCUUAACCUUGAUGUGGAUCAAAGGCCCACGAUGGCAGAUGUCGCGGAGCGCCUUGUCAUACUGAAUCAAUCUCGUAGGUCGCAAGCUGUUUAGCUAUAUAUAUAAGUUGAUGCAUAUU